CUGCCUCGCUCGGGAGCCUCCCCCGCCGCCCGGCUCGGCGCGCAGGUGGAGCGGUGCCGCCGCACGCACGGACCGACCCGCCGAGCCCGGCCACGCCGUGGGAGCAGCCCCCGUAGCCCGCCCCGCCCCACGCUCCGCUCCGUCCGGCCUGGCGGCGCCGCAGCCGACAACGUCGCGGCGGGACUGCCUGGGGAUGCAGCCGCGCUAAGAACAAAAGCUCUCUGCGCGGUCACGCUCCGGGGCUUUAAAGCAGCUCGGCCCAGCCAAACUUGGAUCUCUGCCCCUCCCACGUCCCUCACCCCCGAGCCGCGGCGGCGUCCGGAUUAAACUCCCCGGCAGCUUCCCCACACGCUGCGGGCAGCGGCAGCGCCUGAAAGCCGCCGUUCCUCCGGCUGCUGCCCUCUGCACGCCGUCCCGCCGGGGCUGCCCGCGGGCAGGGAGGGGGCCGCGCCCCGCUCCGCUCUGCACCGCCCGGCACGGUACUGCGCCGCCCCGGGGAUCCCGGCUGCCUGCCCGCCGCGGGACCUUGGCUUUGCCCUUCGCACGGCAGGUGGCGGGGCCAGCGGAGAAGGAUGCGUCUCUUCCCGUGGGGAUUUUGGCUGCUGUGUGUCGCCUCCGCCCCGGCUCGCGGUGACAGCGGCAGCAAGGCGAGGAGCUGCUCCGAGGUCCGGCAGCUGUAUGGAGCCAAGGGCUUCAGCCUCAGCGGCGUGCCCCAGGCAGAGAUAUCCGGGGAGCACCUGCGGAUCUGCCCACAGGGCUACACCUGCUGCACCAGCGAGAUGGAGGAGAACUUUGCCAACAAGAGCCGCAGCGAGUUUGAGGCCAUGCUGAAAGAGGCAGGUCGUGCCGUGCAGACCGUCCUGACGGCGCAGCACAGGAGCUUUGACAGUUACUUCCAGGAUUUGUUGAACAAGUCAGAAAAGGCCCUCUAUGAUGCUUUCCCAAGCAUUUAUGGAGAACUGUACACACAAAACAUGAAGGUCUUCAAGGACUUGUACAGUGAGCUGCGCCGCUAUUACCGGGGCUCCAACAUCAACUUGGAAGAGGCCCUCAAUGAGUUCUGGACACGGUUGCUGGAGCGGCUCUUCAAGCUAAUGAAUCCCCAGUACCAUAUCACAGAUGAGUACUUGGACUGCAUGGUGAAGCAUGCAGAGCAGCACAAACCCUUCGGGGAAGUUCCCAGAGACCUGAAGGUGAAGGCGACCCGAGCCUUCAUCGCAGCACGCUCCUACGCGCAGGGCUUUCUUGUGGGCAGCGACGUGGUCAGAAAGGUGUCUCAGGUAUCUCUCAGCCACGAGUGCACUCGUGCCAUCAUGAAGCUGAUGUACUGCCCGCACUGCCGGGGCAUGUCCAGCGUGAAGCCAUGCAACAACUACUGCCUGAACGUGGUGAAGGGCUGCCUGGCCAACCAAGCAGACCUGAACACAGAGUGGAAGUACUUGAUGGAUUCCCUGGCCGUGGUGGCUGAUCGGAUCGAUGGACCCUACAAUGUAGACACUGUGAUAGGAACCAUUCACAUGAGGAUUGCUGAAGCUAUUUCCAACUUGCAAGAAAACAAAGAUUCAAUCACAGCCAAGGUUUUCCAAGGCUGUGGAAACCCCAAAAUCAGCACAAAAGGCUCCAGCAGUGAGGACAAGAGAAGGCGGGGGAAGGUCCCAUUGGAAGCGAAAUCCUCUGCACAAGCACUGGAGAUGCUGGUUUUAGAUGCCAAAGGGAACCUGACAGCUCUCAAGACGUACUGGGUCACUCUGCCAGGCAACCUGUGCAGCAAAAAAGUCAUGGCCAGCUCAGCGGCCGACGACAAGUGUUGGAAUGGAAUGACCAAGGGCAGUUACCUGCCUGAAGUGAUGGGGGAUGGCUUAGCUAAUCAGAUUAACAACCCAGAGGUGGAGGUGGACAUCACCAAGCCAGAUAUGACCAUUCGCCAACAAAUCAUGCAGCUGAAGAUCAUGACAAACCGCCUGGGCAACGCCAACAUCGGGAAUGAUGUGGACUUCCAAGACGCAAGUGACGACAUGAGCGGCUCUGGGAGUGGCGACAGCUGUCCUGACGAUGUCUGUGGCAAAAGACUUUCUAAGAGCCCCAGCACCAGGCAGCCAGAAACGCACGCUAUUCCUAAGCAGUCUGGACAUGGCAUCAGCGGGGCCAGCAGCAGAUCUUUGCCUUCUGCCUUCCUCCUCCUCCUCUCGGUGGCUUUCAUUGCCGCACAGCACUUGUGGCGGUAACUCUCUAGCACAGCCAGGAAAGAGACUACGGCCGAGGGCUUCACUUUGCCAAAACCAACCAACCAACCAAAGGACAUAUUUAAUUCACCUUGGCAAAAAAAAGAAAAAAAAAAAGGAAAAGGAAAAUUAAAAAAAAAAAAAAGGGAAAAAAAAAGGAAAGAAAAAAAUAGGGGAAGAGCAGAAGGUUUCAGUUGUUUGCUAUCUCUGGCAGUGCUCGAGCUGUUUUCUUCUUUCUUGGUCUCUUCCCCAGUGCUGGGCCCCUCUUCUGUACCUCAUUGUUUUACUUUUGUUCUUGCCACAAACUGGCUCUCGGGGCUGAAACAAGCCUGUGCAGGGAGGUCUCCAGAGGGACCCCAUCCGGCCCCUCCGCAGGCAGCUCUCCCGCUGCCUCCAGUGGAAUAUGCAAUUGCCCUGAUCUUGCUCCCCAGCCGCUGGCCAGAGCGCUGCUUGCCACGGAGCUGCUGAAAGCAGGAGGGUGCCGAGAGCGACGCCGCUUCGGGACGCGGAGAGACUGGGAUGGUCGGCACUGCGGCGGGGGUGCCGCAGCCAGGGGCUCUUGCGGGUCUUCCCUCUCUCCUUCCCGGGCAGGCAGAGCUGCCCUCCGCUUCCAGCGGCGUGCGUAGGAGCGUGGGCAGGUUGGGUGGGUUGAACUGAAACAGUUCGGCGGUGGCUGUUGGACUCAAAACGCAGAACUCCCUUUUGUUUGGAAAGGUCAUAAGUGGGUUCCUUGACUAGAGCUCGUAGCUGACAAGAAUUUGCAAUGUAGGUCUCCUACAUCUAAGUGACUGGGAAUGAGUGUUGGGGGUCGGGGGUUGGGGUAUUUUCCUUUGCAUGCUAGUUGGAAAGCCAUUUUUUACCCAAGUAAUAAUGGUCCAAUUUCUACCUGCAGUGCAGUACCGUGGUAGGUAACAGAUGAAAAUAUGCACAGUGGGGUUCUCCACUUGACAGACAGUUGUGCUGUUCCUCCUUUUCCUUCUUUUCCUCCUUUUCCUCCUUCUCCUUUUCCUCCUACUCCCUCUCCUUUCCCUCCUCCUUCUCCUUCUCAUCCUCCUUUUCCUCUUCCUCCUUCUCCUUUCCCUCCUUUCCCUCCUUCUCCUUCUCAUCCUCCUUUUCCUCUUCCUCCUUCUCCUUUCCCUCCUUUCCCUCCUUCUUCUCAUCCUCCUUUUCCUCUUCCUCCUUCUCCUUUCCCUCCUUUCCCUUCUCAUCCUCCUUUUCCUCCUUCUCCUUUCCCUCCUUUCCCUCCUUCUCAUCCUCCUUCUCCUCCUCCUUCUUUUGUCCUUGUCCUCCUUUUCCUCCUCUUUUUCCUCGUCCUCUUUUGGCCUCAGCCAUGGAUGUGAAUCCUUUGUUUUCCGUGACAAGGAAGACCAAGGACGUUUUCCCACCUGCAGCAUCACGAGUGGUUAUGAGAGCUGACGCCGGGCACCUGCGGGAGUGAGAGCCCAGCAGGCAGCUGCCUCGGGGCACAGCGCAGUUAGUGCUGGUCGGCCCUUAGCGCGUCACUACCCCGCACCUGUCGGGUGGGUUGUGAGGACAGGACACAUUUUGUUUGGGCUAUUUUGAGGUUGUUAUGUUUGUUCCUGGUAGACUGUAGGUUUUUGAGUGAAAUUCCCCCUCUCCCUGCCAUCUCCCCAUCCUCCCACGCACCUUCCCUAACCACAGAGGUGGGUGAGAUAGCAGGUGUCAACACCCACUGGCAGCUCUGGUAUGGCUCACAGAUGGGCCAGGCUUACCCUCUGCCACCUUGUCCCACCACACACCAACCUCUGGGGCAUACAGGCAGCUGCUCUAAGCCCAGAAUGCUCUGUGGGGGUUUCGAGAGGGGUGGUUGGUGAAAGGUCUAAAUAUUCUCAUGUAGCUGUAGGAGUGUCUGUGGUUGUAGGGCUGUGUGCUUCAGGGCUUCCAGACAGCUGCUAUGCCUGAGAGGUACAGCAAGCAUCAGCUGGAGGUGUAGGUUUAGCAGAUGUUAUAGAUAUGGCACAGUCGCUCUGACUGGGUGGGCAAAGACAAGCCCAGGGCCUGGGCUUCGUUCAUAUGGGGCUGGGGUCGAGUGUCUCAUGUGUUUGUACUGCGGGCAAGAGGGUGGGCAGAGGUGCACCUAUCUCCUACUUUACUAGUCUGCACAGCAAGUGUUGGAGCAUUUCUCCUCUCUCUUGCCAGAGGAGACAUGUCUGUGCUGAGCAAACAUUAUGGGAUGGGGUGUUUUCUAAAAAGGGGGGAGGGAACAUUUUUAAUGUUAGCAGUUUCUAGAAUGUGCAAUUUAAGGGAAGAUGACACCGUGAGCAAGGUAACAACCAAAAGGCAGGCACAGAGGGAGCCUGUCACCUGCCCUCCCUGGGGCAGAGGUCCCACCUGGGGCCAGGUAAUUACAGUGCUAGGCAGAGGUUCAAGACCAGCUUUGACUGGUUUCUCUGAGUCCCAGUGACUAAUAUUACUGACUUGGUAUCUUUUCUGCCCUGCACUCACCUUCUUUGGAGGUUAAAACUGAUCUAACCUGACUGAGAGGACUGAGGCUGUGUAGUCUGGAGAGGAGAAGGCUGAGAGAGCUCAUCCAUAGCUAUAAAUAUGUGAGGAGUGGGUGUCAAGAUGAAGGUGCCAGUCUCUUUUCAGUGGUGCCCACUGCUAGGACAAGGAACAGUGGGUGCAAGCUAGAUCACAGCUUGUAGAGGUUACACCUCUACACAAGACACUUCUUUACAGUGAGGAUGGCAAAGCACUGGAACAGGCUACCCAGAGAGGUUGUUGAGCUGUCUCUGGAAACUUUCAAAGCCCACCUGGAUGUGUUCCUGUGUGACCUGCCCUAGGUGGUCCUGCUUUGGGGGGGGGGGGGCGUGGGGUUGGACUCGAUCUGUGAAGAUCCUCUUCAACCCCUAACAUUCUGUGAUUCCAUAAACCUGGAAGGGUUUCUGCCAAGAUGCUGGAUGUUGGCUCAAGGACAGACACCACCACUAGACCUGUCAGAACCCAGGAGUGGAUACCUACAAACCAUGGAUUUAUACCCAUUUAUUUACUCCUAGAAAUACAGCAAAUUCCAAGUCACUGUUCUGAAGAGUUCCUAUCUCUUUUUUUUUUUCCUCCAUCUUCUUUGUUUUUUUUUUUAACUAGAAUUGCAGAUACAACUUUAGCCUUCAGUUACAGAAAUCCCCACAAGUCCUGCAGAAACUUUAAAUCCAAAGCAAACAAAUGGGUGGGGAGGGACAUUAAACCAUUGUGCCCUCUUCAAGAAGCGGUUGGGUUGGAUGGGAGUUUUAUGCCAAGGUCAAUGUUUUGCUUUGCAGAAUGGGAGACUGAAAGGAAAGUCCUUGUCAUUUCCAUGUCUGUGCAAUUAGUCUUUGCUGUCAGCCUGUUGCCCUCAAAAGCUUCCUAUGGGCCCCAAGGGGAGCACACCUGAAAUGGAAAGCCAAGAAAUCACUGAUUGUCCAGUUGCUAUUUUAGCAAUUUAGUAGCCCAAAUUAUUGGUCCUUUUGCAGUAACAAAGCCUGGAACUUCAAAUUAAUAAGGCAAAGGAAAAAGUUACACAGGAGGAAUCCUUCCUGACGCCUUCCCCCUUCGGCUAGGGUUGAGUCCAAACUUUCAGUGUCCUUCUGGGCCCUGAGGACAACUGCUUCAGCCCUCCCAGAGCUAAGCUGGGGGUUAGACCAGUGUCAGCAGCCUGAGGUCUGCCUGGGUGGGCGAGGGCAGUGCUGGGGGCUCUCCCCCGUCUGCCAGGAGGCACAUGAUGUUUGUGUUGAUGCUUCCUCCCUCCUCAGCCCUGAGUCUUUUCACACGGUCUGCCUGUGCUGGUGCUCUCUUGUCUUUCUUGGUCCAUUUUUCUGUCCUUUUUGUGGCCCUGAAGCGGUUUCCCCAACCUGCUGCAGUUUGGUGGCCCGGGGCUGCACUCACCCUGCCACCUUCCACUGGGGAGCCAAAACCAGCACGUGCCCCCAGGGCAUCAGCUUGCCAUCGCUCUGAACUGAAGCAAACCUAGAGCAAGCCAUCAUUCCCCAGUGGGCAGACAACUGCUGGCACAGCUCAGCAGGCUGAAGCCAUCUCAGGCCCAGACAAACCCCGAGCCCGUGCUCAGGCUGGCAUACAGCCUGGGCACUCAGAGCUUACAAAUGGCAUUUCCUGGGCUCCUGCCUGCUCAGAAUCGCUGUGCCCAACCUUCCCAGCCCAGGGCAGUGGUGGGCCGGGGCUGCAGCCGCAGCAGGGGCUGGCAGCUGCCCUGGGUCGGUGAUGUGAGAGGGGAGCUCAGGGAAGGGGAGCGCUGGGGAGCUGCGUUUGCCUGGAGGCUGUUAGCAAGGCACCAGCAAGGCUCCAGCAAGGUUGCUGGUGGUCUGCUUUGGACAGGCCUCGCACUGCAUAGGGAUGCGGAGCAGGGAGUGGUCCAGGACAAGAACAUCAACAAGGAUCCCUGUCUCUGGAAAGGGGAGAAGCAGAACGGUGUAUUUCCAAGUGACUCUGUCUUUCAGCCUGCUCUUUUGUGCCAUAACACAUAUGUUUUAAGUAAGGGCAAGGGUCUCUGCAGGCUUUGAGAGCACAGCUACUCAUCAUUUACAAACGACAAACUGCCUGUUGUUUUCUGGUGGGCUCGGUAGGGGCUAAGGUAUUGCAAAAUAUCUGAAGCCCACCUUUGCUUAAAGCAGAUGCAUUUCUAUCUGCAGGAGUAAGAAUUAUUUCACUUAUUGACAUAGCUGGACAGUUAUCUAUUUCUUUCUGUUACCAAGGUACUUGUAACUCUCUUGCACUGUUUAUCUAAAGUUGAAAUAUGUUCUUUGAAUCCUUGUAUAAAUAAAAAGGCUGGAGACUUAAA